CGUCUAUUGACGUCAAUGUGAAAAUGGCGUCCAAUGAUGAAGACUUGUGUACAAGUCACGCAGAUUUUGCUGUAAUAUGCUCCUUUAUCGACAAAUUUGGAGAGAAGCUAGGGUUAACUCUCCCCAACAUAGGCGAGCUUCAAAGUUCAUUAGAAGACACAGACAACGUAAACCCCCUUGUAUCACAAUGUGUUAGUCAAUUAUUGAGACGUAUCAACAAAUCGGUGAAGUUAGACCGAUGGGAGAGGGGACUCCAGCGUUUUGCACACAGUUAUUCUCACCAAGAUGGCUGGGAACUCGAACGUUUUGGCUUCAAGAAAGCCAAACUGGAAGUUAAAAUUCGUGUCCUUAAGAACCUGCUUGAAGCACAGUUUGAUUUGUACAAGAGCUUCAAAGAUAAAGUGAAUUUGUUGGGUGCAAAUGAGCUCCGACUUCAACCAUGUGGCCGUGACAAGAAAGGUGUGUCGUACUGGUGUCAGUUGGACGAGUGCGCUAACCUGCGUGUCUACAGUGAUGACCAAGAUGAUGAGACGUGGACACUUGUGGCCAGCACAAGAGAAGAACUGGUGGCACUGAUAGCCGAACUGGAUUCGGAGUCGCCGCCAGGAGCCAGCCGAGAAAUGUCGGUGGACGGAAGUCACAGUGGUACCGCUACCCCCAUGGGGCUGAGUGAAGCCCCCACUCCGGUGGACAGUAAAGCGCCAACACCCGUUGCUAGUGGACGAACUUCCCCAGUUAUAGACACUGGACAAGACGGUGAGAAAAAAGAUAAACCGGAGGAAAGUAAAGAAAUGGAAGCUAAGGUGGAGGUAGAAAAAGUGAAAGAAAAAUUGGAAAGUGGAGAUGAUGUGCAAAAAUUGAAGGAAGAGAGCGAUGUAAAGUUGGAAGUUGGUGACAAAAUGAAGGAAAUUUUUGAAAUUGGGGAAAAAGUGAAAGAAAAAUUGGGAAUUGCUGAAAAGGUAAAAGAAAAGUUGGAAGUUGGUGAAAAAGUCAAAGAAAAGCUGGAAAGAGAAGCUUUCAGAGACAAGGAAAGAGAUGAAGGAAGACAAAGAACUGAAGAUGAUGACACACCAAAAAUGUCAAAUAUAGAAAUAAAAGAACAAGCCAAAGUUGAAACAAAAGUUAAGGAAAAUGUAACGUCAAUACAAAAUCCUCAAGACAGCAAGGAGAGUCGUGUAGAUAUUAAGGCUAAGACAGAUGACAUGGCCAACGACAAGUCUAGCAGCAAAGCAGAAAAUGAAAAGGAUGUUGCCAAGGUUGAAGUGAAAGAAGAGAUUUGCGAUAAAGUUGAAGAAAAUGUAAAGACUAAGAAAGCGGGUGACUCGAAAGAGGUUGCAAAGCAAGAUCUUGAAGAAAAGGAAACGAUCAAGCUGGAAGAAAAUAAGAAUCUUAGUAGGAGUGAUGAAGACAAAAAUAAGCCCGUAGUCAAGGUUGAAGAAAGGGGCGAGAGUUCCCGAAAGGCUGACGAGAAAGGGAAAGUGUGUAGUAAACUGGAUAAGAGCGAGAAGCCCUCGAUCAGAGACGAAGACAAGGGAAAGACUUGUCUUAAAGCGGAGACAAAGGAAGCAUCUUCAACUAGAGUUGAAGAUGCUUCUUCAACUACAGUUAAAGCGGAAGAAAAAGAGAAGAUUCAAGAAGCCGUACUGGAAGAAGAGAGUGUUUACGAUAAGUUAAAGACUAGAGGGAUAACUAUAGCAAAGAAUGAUGACAAGCAAACGGUGUCGGCUACAGAGAGGGAGAGGGCAAAAGUUGUCGUUAAAGCAGAGGAAAAGGACAAAAUAAGCCCUAAAAGUCCAGUAGAAGACAGACAUAAACUUGUAGUGAAAGAAGAAGCAAAAGAACUCGAUAGAGUAAAAGUAGAUGUAAAAGAUAAAACUGGAGUGAAAGCAGAUGUAAAAGAUAAACCUGGAGUGAAAACAGAUGCAAAAGAUAAACCUGGAGUGAAAGCAGUAGAAGAAAAAGUUGGAAUUAAAGUAGAGAGAAGAGAAACAGUUAUAGUUAAAGAGGAGGAGAGAGAGAAAACUACAGCAACAGCAGGUGCAAGAGAAAAAACUGAGGCAAAAGCAGAUGUAAGUGAAAAAGUGGAAGAUAAAGCAGAAGAAAAACAAUUACCUUCAGUUAAAGUAGAGGAAAAGCAGCAACCUACAGUCAGAGUAGAGGAAAAGCAGCAACCUACAGUCAAAGUACAGGAAAAGCAACUACCUACAGUCAAAGUAGAGGAAAAGCCUCAAACUACAGUCAAAGUAGAGGAAAAGCAGCAACCUACAGUCAAAGUAGAGGAAAAGCAAUUGCCUACAGUCAAAGUAGAGGAAAAGCAGCAACCUACAGUCAAAGUAGAGGAAAAGCAAUUACCUACAGUCAAAGUAGAGGAAAAGCAGCAACCUACAGUCAAAGUAGAAGAAAAACAACUAUCUUCAGUCAAAGUACAGGACAAGCCUCAAACUACAGUCAAAGUAGAGGAAAAGCAACUAUCUUUAGUCAAAGUUGAAGAAAAGCAGCAACCUACAGUCAAAGUUGAUGAAAGAGGAAAACGUGAAGUUGAGGAAGACAAAAAUAAAAUUAGGGAGGAAAAAGAAAAGAUUGUAGACAAAUUGGAAAAAUUAGAAAAUGGUAGUAAAACUGAGGUAAAAGAAAAGGCUGGAAAUGCAGGAGAGAACAAAAAGGACAGAAUAUUGGAUAGACCCGUAAUGGAGGCGGCUGGAAGUGGAAAACUGGAGGUAGCUGGAAAUGAGGCGCAGAAGGUACCAUCAAAGGGGCUGGAGGAAGGCUCGACGGAGCCGGUAACUACCGACGAGAAAAGAGAGACAACGGGAAAAGCUCCUCAACCUCCUAAACCAGUUCCUCUCAAGUUAUCCGAAGCUGUGAAAAAGGAUACUGUGGUAUCUGCUCCGAGUACUGAUAAGACGCAAGAAGGUGUUAUAAAGGUUAUUCAGCCUGAUGCCACCACCAAAGCUAUAUGUGAAGACAUAGCAGCAAAGAAAGAUAUGGUUCAUGAAAUUAAAGAUAGAUUAAAGUUAGCUAGCUCAGAAAAAUUAGAAGUGAAAAGAAAGGAGAGUGUGUGGGAUAAACUUAACAAGAUGAAAGAGAAAGGAGAAGCAAGUGCACUAGAAAAAGAAUGUACAUACAAAGGGAAGGACAGAAGAAUGGGAGAAAUAGAAAAGAAGGAUGAAAUGUAUAAAAAAUAUAGUAUUAUUAGAGAGAGCUCUAGUAACCCUCAACAGCUAACUAGUACAAAAAUUGGGCACGAAACAGCAAAGGUAGCUGCCGAAGUUAGUAAAGUAGGGGUUAAGGAUGAGAAAGACAGUGUUAUCAACAAAGAACCUCAAGACAAGAAAUUAGUUCAACAAGAUGGGAAGCCUGCGCAUGCCAUCUUAGGAAGCCAACCCAAUCUAGAUGAAGAGAAGUUAAAUGUUAAGGUUAGUGAUUCUGCACAAAGAUUGCAGGAGGAGAAAAAGGAAAAGCCAGCGUUAUUAACUGGUGUAGAAUUGACAACAGUGCGGGAACCAGUAAAAGAGCCAUCAAAGUUGAUGAGCGUUACUUCCUUGGCAACGUCGUCAACUGGCAAGUCAAAUACCGAGUCAGUCGUCAAGUCGUCACCUCUUGCCUCUGCUAAGAUGACUAUCUGUGCUCCUACAUCGGCUAUAAAAGAUGCCGAUACUGCUGAGCCUCCACAAAAGAAGUUCAAAAUUAUGGAUGUUUUAUCAGAAUCUCAAAAAGAACUUGCUAAGAUAGAGCAUAAAGGUCCUGUAAACCCAUUGCAUCAAAAGCAAGAUGCUGAAAUUCCAAAACCUAUUGAAAAAAAUCCAGAUUUUAAGACUAAAUUAGCAGAGAUGAGUGGAGAGUCACAUAAAGAUCAUAAUGUGAAAGUCUCAGAAUUGCAGAAAACUGAACAUGGUCCAUCAGUUACCAAAGUAGAGACAAUACAAAAAGAAUCCAUUGCCGAAACAAAAACAAAGGAUGAGAAGUUGUCAAAUAAUGGAACCACAACUUGUGUGCUAAAGGAAGAAACAAGAACUCAGACAGUGCUGGCAAGUAACUCGAAAACUCCCAAAGAAAAACAGCAUGACGAAAGUGCGGAAUCGUCGGGUGUGGGAAUGGUUGUAAAUGAAGAAGCUUCCAGUCAUAAAACAAAUUCUUCAGUUGAGACAAAAAGGGAAGCACAUGGUGCUAUAGAUAUAAGUAAGGAUACAGCUCUUGAAAAUAAGUUGCUAGUUACAGACAAGAAAGAAGAAAAAAUGGAUUUAAAAUUGAACACAAGCAAGGAGUGUGCUCAGUCAGAGGCACCCAUUAAAGAGGACACGAAGGUCUCGCUAACAGAGACAUCUAAAAAGGAACUUGAAAAGAGUAUUUUACCUGAUAAAGAAGUGCCUAGAAUUUGUGAAAGAAUUUCAGAAACACCAGUCCAGUGCUCAUCUAAAAAUUUAGGAACGGAUGAUGAUUCCAAAAAUGAUGUUAAAGACCCAGUUGUAAAGAAUGUUUCACAGGUAGAAAGUGAAGAAACCAACACGACUACAGGUAGAGAUGAUCCCAAAUCAUCCAAGACAGAACAGGGCGUAGGGGAAGCCAUUGAAGAACCAGUGAUGAUUGUAAAAGGUGACGGGGAGGGUGCAUCGUGCGAGGCGGGAAAUCCUCUUUAUGAGAGAAGUAACGACGAAUCCAGUUGUCAAACUUUAAGACCUUGGUGGGAAUGUUUUCAUGAAAAUGAUAAUACAAGAAGAAACCAAGUUGAAGAAGCAGUGGUGGAAGAUGUGAUGUACUUUUGGGGGGAGGGAAACGGUGCGGACUGUGAUGCCGGAAACAACGGCGAUGAAACGGACACUUCUACCGAGACAAAACCGGCAGAAAGUGGUGGGAGCGGAAGUGCCGUCACCGGCGACAAACAGGGAAAUACGGCGUCGGGCGAUUGUAAACCACAGAAAGAAGUUGAAGGUCUAAGAACAGAGAGUGACGUUAAAGAGGUUGACGGGGUUUCCGAGGGGGAUGAAGCUAAAGUGAACGGCCUAAGAACUAUAGAAUCUGUUGAAAAAUCUGAUAAGUCUUUGUCGUGGCAAGUCAAGCCAGAAUGUCUUUCCGAUGCUAUUCACUCAAGUGUUAAUGGAAAGAAAGCCGGGGAAGAAAACAGUGUGUGCAAUGAUAAAGGGGAAACUAAAUCACUUGAGGUACAUGAAAAAGAUAGUGAUACACUGGAAGAAAAAAGAAAACAUUCUAAACCUCACAAUAAAGGGAACAAAGAACAAAUAAUAAAUAAUACUGACUUUAAAGGGAAUGAGGGAAAGGGGCAGGUUAGUGAUUCGGAAGAUAAGCCUUCAAGUGACAAAAUAGGACUCAGAAAAACAAGAAAAGAACAGCAUAGUGAUACAGAAGAUAAGCCUUCAGGUGACCUUAGAAAAACGAGAAAAGAACAGCACAGCGAUUCGGAAGAUAAGCCUUCAGGUGACAAAAUAGGACUCAGAAAAACAAGAAAAGAACAAGUGUGUGAUUCUGAAGAUAAGCCUUCAAGUGAUAAAAUAGGACUUAGAAAAACGAGAAAAGAACACACUGAGGUGGCCAAUGAAGAGAAUUUAAUAGAGCUUAAAAAAGGAAAAGAUAAUUCUAGUAAGGUGAAUACUAGAAACAGAUCGGAAAGUAAAAGAAAAAGACAGAGAAAUGCUAGUAGUAAUAACGACAAAGAUGAAAGGAAUGCGGAGAGCGGUAAGGAGGAAGAGACUAUUCCGAGAAGAAGAGGACUGAGACGGCCACUAGAUCAGCCGAGAAGCACCGAAAAGGAAAAAAGUCGACCGCAGAAGCGAUCAGCAGAACAGUGUCAGGGCAGUGGUGGCGAGGAGGAGAAUGAGAUAGACCACGAUGAAGAUAAUGAGGAGGAAGGUGCAGGGGAGGAUGAAGAUAAGAACACGGCACCCACUCCCAGCAAAAAACGAAGGCAGCGAGGCAAGGGGAGUACUGCCAGACCCUUGCCAGAUGUUCCAAGACAGAGAUCUGCCCGCAUUGCAAAGAUACGGGAGAAGGAAGAGGAGGAACGCAGGAAUCUUGAAGCAAUGCGGUUGAAACAGCUAGCUGAAGAAAACCGUCUUAGAGAGCUCAAAAAGAAGGCCAGAGAGGAGAGAAGGUCACAGAGAGAAAUGAAGAAAGGAAGAAGAGAGAGGAAAGAAAAAAAGGAAAGGGACAGAAGAAAAAGGAAAAAGAAGAAGCGAGGAAAGAGAAGGAGAACAAAUCCAAAUGAUCCAUGGGCCCACUCUUCUACAUCUUCAAGUUCUAGCUCUGAGGAGGAGGAGGAAGAGGAAGAUUUAGAUGACGAAGAAGAAGAGAAUUUAAUAUUUAAAAGUGAUCACGAGUUCUCGCCCGAGUCAGAUAUCGAGGAAGCUGACGCUCAGCCAAUUAAGAGAGCCCGCACUGCUAAGAAGGUCACAACUGAAAGUGAAGUGGAAGACGACGAUGAUGACGCAGAGGAGGACGACGACGACCAGACGCAGUGUACUAAAUGUGGCCACGACGAUCACCCAGAGACUAUCUUGUUGUGUGACAAUUGUGAUGCUGGGUGGCAUCUGUCGUGUCUUCGGCCGCCUCUUCUUAGUGUUCCUGAAGGAGACUGGGUGUGCCCGACCUGUGAACAUGUACAACUCGUGAAUAAGUUACGAGCUCUCCUACACGAGUUUGACGAAUGUCAGAAGAGAGCUCAUAAUGAAGAAUUGAGGAGGCAGAGACUUGCAUACGUGAAUGUUUCCUUAUCUAAUGUCUUACCAGAUGGUAAAAAGAAGAAAAAGAGGCGUCACCGGGAUGGUGAAGAUGAUGACGACGACGACGAUGAUGAAUCUGGUUCUGAAUCUGAUACUGAAGAUUCCGACAGUGAGAGUGAUGACAGCAGUGACUCGUCGAGUCAGUCGUCCUCAGACUCUACAGCGCCACUGUACACUCUGAGAGCUCGCAGCUCACGUACUCUCAAGGAACAAGUGGAAGACUUUGAUGAGAUGAUAAAUGAAGCCAUACGAGAUGAAAUGGAGGCUGCGGCAGGUGCCGGAAAUGCCGGUCGAGGGAAAGACAUAGAUAAUAUUAUCCAAGCAAAUGAUGAAGAAAUUGCUGAUAAUGAAGACAAACAUUCUGAAGAUAAAGAGGAAAAGCAGGAACUUGAGGAAGAACAGGAACAAGAAAAAGAACAGGUGAAGGAGUUAAAGGAGGAAGUGGAGCAGAAGCAGGAGCUAGAGAAGGAGGAGCAACAAGAGCAGGAGCAUAAAGAAGACGUGAGUGAUCAGGCCAAAACUGAAGUAGCUAAGAAAGAAGAAGCCAAGAAGGAGGAAGACAUGGAAGGCAAGAGAGAGUGGGAAGGAGACGACGAGGACGAGGACGAGGUGGCUCCGAAACGAAAGAAACCCAAGCCGGCUGAGAAGGUAUUAAGAGGGGACGACGACUACAAAGAAAGUGACGACCAGGAAGAAGACUCUGAAUCUGAAGACAAUGUUAAAGUGUCUAGAAAGCGAGAGCGGAAAGUUGUGACUGUUACUGUCAAAAAGAGAAGACGGCUCACUGACCUGGAUGCUGAAGAUGACGACGAUGCUAGUGAUGAAGAUUUUAUGAAUACAAGUGAGGAGGAGGAAGAGGAGACAGAUGAGUCUGUGGAAUCAUCAUCAUCCAUUGACACAGAUGUUGACAGUGAUGACUCUGAUGUUGUUGGAGGGAAACGUCGUCGAGGAAGCAGGUGGGAGAGCCUGCCUCUCCGUCGAUCAGCACGUAACCGAAGGGGUGGAAUGGACGAUGAAGAUAGUGAAGUGGAAGAGAAAUUUACUAAAAAGCAGAAAAACAAAAAGAAGAAGAGACGAAGACAAAGCUCAAGUGAAGAAGAAGAAGCGAGUUCAGAAAGUGACAGAAGUUAUAAACGCAAGAAGAAAGUGUCACGAAAAAAGAAACCCCAAGCAAGAUCCAAAGGCAAGAAAGGCAAGAGCAAAGGUGGCAGAAAACAAGCCAAAUCCAAGACCAAACCCAAAAGAGAAAGUGGAGACGAGGGGGAAGACAAGGAGAAGAAGCCUCCCAAACCCAGAAUUAAAUACUCUAAACCUCCAAAACCAAAAUCGGAAGAAAAUGCAGAGGAAGAAAUCACGCAGCGCAGAGUUACUCGUGGUCGCCAAGUUAACUAUUACGAUGCUCUUAUGUCAGAUGAAACAGAGGAAGAAGAGCCUGCGAAGAAAUGGAGAGGCAAGGUGAUGAAAGGAGAGCGAGUCCCUACAGAGAGUAGUGAAUACGAAGCGUCAGACGAUGAGAGAAUGAAAAGACGGGGAGUGAGUGGAGGCUUGGGAAGGGGCAAGGUCAUGAAAGGUGAAGAAGAAGAUGAAGAAAAUAAACUUGGACAAGGCAAGAAAAAGCGCGGACGGCCAAAGAAAGGUGAUGAACUUAUCGGCAAGCCGUCUCCUCCGUCAACUCUAAACACUAUCGAGCCUUCGUCGGUAUCAUCAACACCAUCUGCGCCAUCUCUCCCAAUUGUGUCAUCUGAAUCUACUGUACCUGUUACACCAAUUGGGACAUCUGUGACUGUUAAACCAAUUGUGACACCUGUAUCUGUAACACCAGUUGUGACGCCCAUGCGUGUUACGCCAGUUGUGACGUCUGUGUCUAUCACACCAGUUGUUACGUCUACACCCAUUACACCAACAAUAGCAUCGCUACCUGCUGCACUAACCAUAGCAUCUUUACCUGCUGCACUAACAAUAGCAUCUUUACCUUCUUCAAUAACAAUAGCAGCUAUACCCGCUGCUCUUCCAGUGACAGCUGCACCUGUCGCACCUGCUGCUGCCAGCUCGCCCGCACAUAAAACUCCCGAGCAUGUUGUUGGGACGCCGCCGACCACGCCGGCACCUAGCACAGCAAGCAAAAGUUUGCCAGCUAACAUUACAGCCGCAACAAACAUGGGAAAUAAUAGCCCGGUACAUCAACCCAUGGGAAAAUGGUCUCCGCACUUAUCCAUGAGUGGAGCUCCAGGUACGCCUCCCAGACCAAGUGUGGGUUCUGGACCUACAGCUGGUGCAGGGACUCCUCCACGCCCAACACUUUCUGGUCCGCCCGUGACGCCAUCCCCACCACCGCCGUAUCGCUCCUCGCCAUUACCUAUUACACCUGGUGGUCCUGGAGCCUCUCCAUGUAGUACAGCACCUAGCAGUAUGGCACCUGUUGGACCCCCAAUAACUACUUCAAUUCAUUCACCCGGUUAUCCUGCAUAUAGACCUCCGCCAGAACUUUUUGCAGCCCAUCCAGCAUUUCCUGGGUAUGCACCCCCAGGCAGGCAUUCUCCCAGUCCUCAUGGGGUCCCUCCUCAUCACCCUUCCCACAUACAACCCGGACACUCACUUUCUCGUAUGCCUACUAAUUACGGACCGCCGCCGCUUACUAGUGGACCUGGUCCAGGUCAAGGACCAUACUCCUCUAGAGGUAUUCCAUCACAUCCAGGAGUAUUGCGAGGCCCUCCACACGACUUGUAUAGGUCAUCCCCUAGCGGUUUACCCGGUCACGGGUCUCCCAGCCAUCCCGGGCACCCUCAUCUUGUUAUGAAAUCUGGCUAUCCUGGGUUAGAACCUCUACCUUAUUCUGGCUCCCCGGGUCCAAGUCCGUUAGGUUUACAUCAAGGAUCCCAAGGGUCUCCAGCACACCACUCGCCCAGUGAUGACAGUAAAGAGGAGACGCAUCCUACUGGUAAAGGCCCGGGAGAAUUCAGUAGUGGCUUAAUGUCCUACUUUUCCAGCCAACGUGAUGAUGAUAUCGAGUAAUGGUGAUUAAAAUUUUGGCUUGAAGCAGCAACUCUCUUUGUGGCAGUUUCAUGAAGGACUUGUAUUUACUCCCUAAUAUUUUUGUAUUCUCAUUUUAUAAGGUCUCAAGCAGUGAGCAUAUUUCAUGUUGACAAUUCUCAUACAUAGUGGGUCUAAAAUAUAACAAAAAUUUCUAUAAGAGUAUUGCUGAGAGGUCUCGUCUAAAUAGGAUUAAUGAAUUUCUUUUAUGGAUUGCAGCACAAAUUGGGUUUCUUGCUGUUAACAUUCUGAGACCAGUCAUUUUACCUGAAAUAAAUUAUUAGAAUUGCAGAGAUAUUUUAGAUAUGAUUUUUUGUGUAUUGUAUGUGUUGUAGUGCUGUAUAUAGAAGCUUUUUGUAUUUCCUUCAAAGGAUUCUGUAAAAUAAUGUGCAAAGUUACAAAGCUAUAAUAAAACUAGACGAAAUUG